UUUCUCUUUGUGCUUAGAUGCUAGAGUCCCUAUUUAUAUUUGAUGAAGUAUAUCUUUGCAUGGUAAGUAUUGAAUUGUGUAAUUUCUUUAUUAGUCUGAUGAAAAAUAGAUUGACCUAGAACUAGAUUGACUUGGUUUUCUGAAAUCUUUGUGGCUUUGCUAAAGUCAUAAUGAGACAUGAUAUCUUUAUGAACCAUGAGCAAUCUCAAACUUGCUUAAGAGACAUGAUAUCUUUGUUCAUUGGUAUUUUUUUUUUCCGCAUUAUAAUUUCCUCCACAUUCAUUAGAAGGUGGUUUGAGCUGUGUCCUUUUAUAUAUAGACAUUUGCUUGUUUUUCUCUUUGGUUGUAAAUGUUAUUGUAGACCAAAACUCUUAUAAUUGCAUGGCUCAUAUUGAUGGUUCUACUCAUUCAUUAGCAGCUGGUUUAAGCUGUUUAAUUUUAUAAACAUUUGCUUGCUUUGCUUUAUGAUUGAAAACAUUAUUGUGGACCAAAAGUCUUAUAAUUGCAUGGCUCAUAUUGAUGGUUGUAUUAACUUGGACCAAAAGGCUUAUUGCUUAUGAAUUAUUUAGGGGGUUUAUAAUUAAUUAAUAUUGGCUCCAUCUUGUUUCCAUAGCUUAAGCCGAGUGCAGUGCCUUUAAUUUCUGAGCUUUGGACUGAGGUAAGCAGAGGAACCCGUGCUUGCCUCGGCUCAUUAUCUACGUUACCCUUAAACUGAAUACUAAGAUGAAAUCUAGAACUGAAUCCAGCUCUGAAUUUCAGAACUGAAUUAGAGCUGAAUUUAAGAACUGAAUUCAGAUCUGAAUUUCAGAACUGAAUUCAGCGCUGAAUUUCAGUUCUGAAUUCAGCGCUGAAUUUCAUAACUGAAUUAUGAGCUGAAUUUUAGAACUGAAUUCAGAGUUGAAUUUCAGAACUGAAUUCAGAGCUGAAUUUCAGAUCUGAAGUUCAAAACUAAAUUUCAGAUCUGAAAAUCAGAUUUGAUACAUUUAUACUUAACUAUUAAGUUGUUGCUUAGUAGACUAAUCUGAUUUCAAUAUGUGUUUGGUCUUUCAUGCAAUCAAGUUCACUCUUGAGUUCUUGUAUGCUUAAAGCUUAUUUACAAUUGGUGAAUGAAAUGGGUAUUUUAAGUUGUUAAUAAUCUUAUAGGAUUAUUGUGCUUCAAAUGCAUCUGAAUGCAAAAAAAUUAUAUCUGAUGUGUUAGUAUCAGUCAUUCUGGUAUUAAUUCAAUUCAUGUUGUUAAUCAAAUUGGUAGAAUUUUGGUUCUAUCUGAUAGGUUUUUGUAUCUAGUUGAUCUGCAAUUGUUAUAACCUGUGAAAAAGUUAGGGAUUCUGAAGGGUGUUAAUGUUGUUGCUAGAAGGGUUUGUAGUACUGAAUCUGGAAAUUCUAAUUGGAUUAAUGAACAGGGAGUUAGUAGUAGUGGUAGUAGUGUAGGUGGGAGGCUUAUGAAAAAGUUAGGUGGCGGGGUUAGAUCGAAUGGGGCGAGGGUUAAGGAAUUCAGUUCUAGGGGAGUGGAUAAUAAUGGUGCCUACCUUUUUGUGGUGGCAAUGGGGAAGAAAGUGGUGUUCAUUGAGCUGAAUUCAGGCAGUAGUAAGCAUGAUCAAGAGGUCGAUGGGAAACGUGGUUUGUUCGUGGUUUUGAAGGAAAUGUCGUGUAUUGAUGGUGUGAAGAGUAUGGCGUGGCUUGAUGAUUCAUUGAUUUUAGGGAUUGAUAAUGCUUAUAGUUUGAUGUCCUGUAUUACAGGGCAUGUUGAUUUGAUAUUUUCACAGGCUGUAACAAUUGCAGAUCCAUGCAGAUCAGUUGCUGAGUUGGUGGUACACUGGUAUUUGGCAAUUCUGGUAUUUGAUUGCAGAUCAACUAGAUACAAAAACCAAUCUGAUUGGAAAAGGCAAUGUAGGUGCAACAAGAGAAUAGGCCAGAACACUUGAGCAUCAAAACAAGCGACUACAUCUUCUAUAACGCCAUCAUCUAUCUAUUUUGGUUUUUAGUCUUAAUUAUAUUAGUGAUGUAUUUAUUUAGGGACAAGCUACUAUAAUAUGCGACCUUUUUUUUAAUAAUUAAUUGUGUUGAUGUUUUCGUUUAUAAAUUUGGUAAUUUAAUUAACUAUGUACUCUUAUUAUUGUUGAUUAA